AUGGUCAACAGGGGCAAGGUACCGAUCAAAAUGUGCCCGCAAACACAACCGAUCCAUACCCACAAGACCGAGCGUGUCCCUGAUGGCAAGACGCCGCACUCGAAGCGAUGGCAGCUGCGCCAGCCUCACUACUCCUCUCGUGCCACGCGCUGCCAACGCCGCAUUGCCACUGUGACGACUGUUGAGGACAUACGAGUAGCACAAAGUCAACAUCGAUCGCAAACUCGUGGA